AUGGCUACUGUUUCUACUCCUUUAUAUGAACCAGCCUAUGGUUGUGAACACCUGAAGGAUAUCUUUGAGAAAGACACAGAUGCAGCCACAAGACUUGCUGAGAAUUACACUAAAUUGAGCGGUAAAGGACCGUUGAACUUAUCCCGAGUUCGUCUUGACGCUUCAAAAAAGAGUGCUCCUGGGCCAAAGUUCUCCUUGAAACCACAAUAUCAGUGUCUCCAAUGCCCAGCCAUCGGUGUGAAGGCCGCACGCUGUGAACAUAGCUCACUAACAGGGCACAUCUUCUUUGCCGACUACAGAAGCAAGCAUGUUUUUUGCCAAGGAUGUGACGACCUUAUCUAUGAUGUGGACUUGGAAGGCGUCUUGAAGAAUAAUACUGAGCCUAUCGUCUCAAGGAAACGCAAAGUUGACAAUAUGGAGGAUGAUGAAUACGCAAGUUAUAUCGCCAUGAACACCAACAAGAAAAUAUGCGGUAAAGAAGGUGUAAGAGGCCUGUUCAACCUCGGUCAGACCUGUUACAUGAAUGUCAUUCUCCAAACCCUAUUCCACGAACCAGUCUUGACGGCCUACUUUCUUGGGAAUGGGCACAGCACCAGCGAGUGCCAGAAAGUGAACUGUUUCGGCUGUGCUCUGGCCGACGCCUUUGCUGAGUUUAGCAACGAAGAGAAAGACGAGGGCUUCGGUGCCCUCAACCUCCUCCUUGCCUCGUGGCAGAAAUCCUCCGACCUUGCCGGUUACCACCAGCAAGACGCCCACGAGUUUUACCAAUUCUUGGUAAACCAACUCCACGAGAGCACCACAGGACACCUCGACUGUGACCCGGCCUGUCGCUGCUUCUUCCACACCGCAUUUUUCGGCAAGCUUAGAAGCACUAUAACCUGCCGCAACUGCGGCAAGGUUUCCCGCACCGAAGAUCCAGUGAUGGACGUCAGCCUGGACCUCCAGGUCCAGAAGAAGAAGCGUGCCCUUGACGGCGGGGAGCAGAGCUCCGAUGUUGCACCAACCCUCCAAGGAUGCUUGGAAGGGUAUAUCUCUCCUGAAAAGCUCGCAGCUAGCGAAUACGGAUGCACCCAGUGUAACUCCAACAAGGGAGUCACCAAGCAACUUCGACUACGAAAGUUGCCAGUCAUCCUCUGCAUGCAACUGAAGAGGUUCGAGCGCAAUCGAUCUGUCUCCGAAAAGGUCGAAACCAAAGUCACAUAUCCUGCCUCGAUCAACAUGAUGCCCUACACCACCAGCCCCAGAUCAGAGAACCGGUCACAGUUCCAAUACGACCUCUUGAGCGUCGUUGUCCAUAUCGGCGAUAUCGACUCUGGCCACUACCUUGCUUACUGCCGACACGGUGAACAGUGGUUUAAGUUUAAUGAUGACCGCGUAACUGUCGUUGCUGAGUCUGAGGUUCUCGAAGCCGAUGCUUACCUUCUCUUUUACACCUUGCAGGCAUACGGUGUCCGCAAGUAA